AUGCAUCUCCACCACCAAUCCCGGGCAAACUCCGACUCGUCGACUGGGACGGAUGAGAAGCAGAUGCCUGGCGAGCAGGCGAAGACAAAGCGCGUUGCGUGGCUCAGCUUCAUCGUUGGUGGCCAAAUCAUGCUCGUGGUCAUUGCCUUGUCCGUGCUACUCGCCGUGCGCCAUAAGAAGCAGAUCCCGAUGGGCAAGCAGCCAGUCGAGUUCUUCGAGAGCAACCCGCAGGUGCAGACGUACACCUUCACGACCGUAGCCACCGCGCUGUCGAUGUUCUCGUCCUUCCUCUUUGCCGAAGCUGUAAGGCACGCGCUCAUCGUUGCCCUUACCCGUCCGCUCCCGAUUUCUGCCAUUGGAUUUGGCGUCAAGCUGUCCAAGAAGUCGGUCAUUCUCGACCCCGCAUACAAGAACUGGUUCAUCGCCAGUGCUUUCGUCUUCCUUCUGGGACUAGGUCAGACACCAGGAUGGUCCUCGCUGCUUACACCGAGCCGCAUUACUGUCCUCGUCCCGAUCAUUGCGAAUGAACUCGACUUGAACUCCACAUCCACACAGGCCGAGUUGGCGAAUCUCACAGAAACGGUCUAUCAAUCCAUCAACAAUUUCGACAUCAUACCUGCUCUCAUGGCAAGCGGCUACGCGUCAGCGAGCGCAUACGUUAGCCAGCCGGGCGUGAUUGAGUUUGGAAAUUACACCCAUGCAUUGUCCACAUGUGGCAUAGUCCCACUCAAUCUCACCCUAAGCGAUACCUCAAAACUGGCCGAAGACAGCGGGCUUUUCAACGUCGUAAACACCGCUGCUUUCCCGCCAUCAACCUCUCUUGCAGACGCAUUCGUCGUAAUGGAGCAGCAAGGCAUUGAGCUGGACGUUUCGUGUGCCUUCUCCACAUUUGCAACGCUCAACCCACCCAUCUCUCGAGUCGCAAAACGCGUCAAUGAUCCCGACCUGCCGGAUAGCUUCUUGUGGGGAAUUAGAACAGCUUGCGACUCUGGUCAAACUAUAAUGACCGACGACCGGAAUAGCACCUUUUAUGUGUUCCAGCAGAAAUGCGACCAUCCUGCGGGUCCGACCUUUUAUAUGGUUGUCGACGGCCAGGGUAUCUAUCCUGGCGACUUUGUCUGCGAGAUGACCACUUCCAUUCGAGUCACCCUCUCCAACUAUACCUCGGGAAACUCCAUCAGCACAGAGUUUUAUAAUGCCCCCGAUGUGGUCCCGUUCCCGCUCGGCACGAUGGGUGCGCUGAGCCUUAGAUCGGUGCAAAAUACAAUUGCGUAUGGACAGUCGGCCGACAGCAAUAUCAUUGGCGACACGCUCGUGAGCAUCUCGACGCAGCAGGGUGCGUUUGACACUGUCGAUGUCAACAAUCCAGCAGACAUGGCGAACUUUGCGCGAAUCAUCGAGUCAUAUAUGACAGGACUGGUCGAGCUGAGUGCGACAGUGGUAAAGACCCGCCUUGCGCAGGAGCUCCAGCGACAGGGCCGCCUCACGCCCGACAAGCUGCGCACCAGCACGGGCUUCGCGUUUGUCCAGACGCUCGGCUGGGAAUACAAGUCGCGCUCCAGCACCCUCGUGCUUAUCCCGAUUUUCGUCUUUGCGGCCGUCACCAUCGCGGUUGCCUUGGUCGCGCAGUGGUACAACGCCGGCGUGCCCGUGAGCCAUGCCAAGUUCGACGCGGGUGAUCCGUGGCUGCUGAUGUCCGCCGCGGCGGCCGGCGGGAUGCAGGAUGUCUUCCAUGGUGUGCAGAAAAGUCAGGUGAGGGAACGGGUGGAUGAGAAGGUGACGCUGGGGCGCGUCGAGGGGCGCGAUGGAUUCGUCACGGUCGCUGCUGCAGAGCAGUAG